CAAAACAUGGCAGGGCAAAAAAUUUACCAACGUUUGUUUACCUCCGAAUCAGUCGGAGCCGGGCACCCUGAUAAAAUGUGCGACCAAAUUGCCGACGCGAUUUUGGAUGCUUGUCUCAAGGAAGACCCUAACAGUCGCACCGCGGUUGAAGUGGUCGCUUUUAAGCGCACCAUCUUCGUUUGUGGGGAAAUUAAGACCCACGCCAAACUUAACUACCGGGAAAUCGUCGAAAAAACUAUCCAGCCGCUUGGCUACACCCAGGAUGACUUUACGAUCAUUAUUAGCGUCAACCGCCAAUCGCUUGACAUUCAAGCGAGCGUUGAUAAAAAAAAUGGUCAAAUUGGAGCCGGUGACCAAGGGAUUAAAUUUGGCUACGCUUCGCGCGAAACUCCGGAAAUGAUGCCUUUACCGAUCGUGAUUGCUCACGAAUUACUUAAAACGGCCGAAAAACUGCGCCAAAAGAAGCAGUUUCCGCACGCCAAAGCGGACAUGAAGUCGCAAGUUAGCAUCGACUACGCCCAAACUCCUUUUAAGUUGGACACAGUCGUGAUCUCGAUUCAACACGAACACGAUUGCGAUCUCAAAAAGUUUAAGCAGUUCAUUAAAGAAAAAAUUAUCUGGCCCGUCGCUAAACGUUACCGUCUUAACACCGACUGCAAAAUGCUAAUCAACCCGGCCGGCAAAUUCACGAUCGGCGGGACUUUUGCCGACACUGGUUUAACUGGUCGGAAAAUAAUCGUUGACACUUACGGAGGCAAAGGCCGUCACGGCGGUGGUUCUUUCUCGGGUAAGGACUACACCAAGAUGGACCGAUCGGGAGCUUACGCCGCUCGUUGAAUCGCCAAAAACAUUGUCGCGGCCGACUUAGCCGACGAAGUAGAAACCCAAAUUUCUUACGCGAUCGGAGUCAACCAACCAGUUUCGGUUAGUUUAGAAACUUUCGGCACCCACAAAGAAGAUCCGGCGUUAAUUCUAAAAGCCGUUAAAAAGGUUUUUGAUCUCUCGCCCUCGGGAAUAAUUGAAAAACUAGAACUCAGAAAACCGAUCUACCAGAGUCUGGCGACUUACGGUCACUUCGGACGACUUGAUUUAAAAAAUCUGACUUGGGAAAAAACCGACCAAGUUGAAAAAUUAAAAAAGGUCAUUAAGACUUUGAAGAGAGCUUAA